AUGACACUGCUCUCUUCGGGAAGCACUCCACUUCCUGUGAUGGAGAGGUCUGAAGGAUCUUCAAGGGAGUGGGAUGGCAUGGCAACAGGAGGGGUGAACAAUAUCCUUACUGAUAUCCGUCCCGACACACGUGCUAUCGUGAGAUUCAGUGAGCACCGGAAAGAGUCCGACACGAAUUUUGAGGAAACUGGACACCACGUGCAACUGACGGAACUACCAAACGAAGUAUUGUACGAAAUUCUGAGCCAUCUAGACGUCUGCGAUUUGUUCUCGACAUCUAAAACCUCUCACCACCUCCGCACCCUCUCCACCUCCCCCACCUUGCACACCCUCCGCCUCCGCCGCGCCCGCCUCCUCCUUCCUCUAUCCCUCACCUCCCCUAGCCGUCCUUCCCUCGCUGACCUGAUCCGGCGCUCCAUCUUCCUCACCAACACCGCCCUGAUGUCCCGCAAGCUCGCCCGCAAGCUAGCCUCCAUCCACCUCGCCCGCCGUCUCGCCGCCCGUCCCUCGGCUGAGCAGCUGGUAGAGCGCUGUGUGUUGCCGGCUGAGUGCGUUCCUUGCGGGACCAGAAAGAAAGUGGUGGUUGCGCCGGCGCUGGUAGCCAAGAAGAGAGCGGUAGAGAGGGAGAGGGUGAAGGAUGGGUUGAGGGGGUGGAUUGGUGAGGUGUGGAUGGGCAGAGUGAAAGAGAGGGAGGGUAAGGUGAGGAAGGAGGAGGAGGAGAGCGGUGUGGGGAGGGUUUGGAGGUUGAGAAGGUUUUGGGAGGGGGUUAGUCGAGGGAGGGUUUAG